GGGUAACUGUUCAUUUCGAGGCAGUUGUUCUGGAGGACUUCUGUAAAUUUAACACUAUUUUGGGAGGUGGGAAGAGGAAGAAUGAAAGAGGUCUUCCAACAGAGCGGUCGCAAUCAUGAACGGUGCCCUGUACAUUUCGUUUUUCCAAGGUCAGCUGGAGUCCGCGCUGGAGCAGGUAGUGCAGCUCUCCGUUCAGGAAAUCACCAACACUGUUGGGACCACUUUGAAUUCAAUGCUAUUGGAAACGGCCACCAAAGAGCAAGAAAACCAGCGUUUGAGGGCUACCCUUCAGUCUCGGGGAGGGAACGGGAAAAGCAAUGCGUCUAAAGCAAAAACAGACUCGAACGAUGAAACAAAGCAACACACCCCCGGUCUGAGCCCUGGAUGUGGCGUUCAAUCCGAGACGCUCAGGCGUGAACAGAAAGCGCGAGCAGUUGGUCAGUUAAAAUCUGUUAUGGAACACGUGCUGGAAUUCGCCAUUUGUGAGCUGACUAAAAUCGUGGAAGACAGCUUUGACGACCUGCUCUCUGAGUUCACCAAGAAGGAGCGGGAAAACCAGAUCUUGAAAUGGCAGUUACUGGACAAGAACAUGAUGGAGGACAGUGAUGGGGCUGAUGUGGAAGCGGAGGGCCGCAAAAAUGACUCCGUCUCUCCAAGCAGUUCCAGAGUAGAAAAGCAAGAGUCGAAAGGCCUGCAGGAUCAGUCACUCAAAAAAGAGUGUGAAAAGGAAAAAACCGAAACCACAAAUGAACCAGGUAAGCAGACGGUCAUCGAGGUGGCUCAGAACUGGGUGCCCAUCCUGGACAAAGUCUUUGGGCAGAAGUGGUGCAGUGACCUCUGGCAGAUCAAAGAGGUCACCAGCAGUAAAGGGGAGUGCACCGGGCUGAGCUCGGGCUCGGUGACCGACAUGGACAGCUUAAUUCGAGAGACGCUCAUGCCGUCUUGCCUGGCCACUCAGAGGAAGCUGGAGCUUGAGGUGGGGCAGCCACCAUGGUUGCCUCUAGACGAUAUGGAGGUUGUUUCUCUAACCUCUGAGACUGAAGGUGUUCCUGUCAUCAGCUCAUCAGGUGACUCCCAAAUCAGAUCCCCGUCAAUGUUGCAAAGACUCCUGACGCUUCCUUCCCAGCUGCUCGAGGAUGACGAGGAGUCCAUGGAUGCCGUUCCCACUCUGGAAGUGUCCAAAGACCCACUUGAUCCGCAAGACGGUAAGGGCUCAAAGAGUGACCAGAUGAAUAAGAAAGAGGAUGAAGACGAGGGGGACGACGAAGAGGAUAAUGAGACGAUGGACAGGACUGAGUCCUUGAAACACAAAGGUAGGAGGAAAUCCCAAGCUUGCAAAGAUUGCGGCAGGAAGUUCAGCCGAGCGCAUCUUCUCAGAGCCCACCGACAGAUGCACGAGGAGACGCCCAACCGAUGCCCACAAUGUGGAAAGAGUUUCUCCCAGUCUUCAAGGCUCCAGGCUCACUUACGGACGCACACAGACAAAACAAUAUAAAAGCGCAAAGAUUGAAAAAAAAUUCAGGAGAAUAUGAGGGGAGGUUUUCCAGUGAUUUUAUUGUUUCUUGAAGUGAGUGGAACUUUUUUGUUACAAGUACUGGUGAAGGAAAUACAAGAAAGGUGUCGCUUUUUUUUGCUAGUUUGAAGGUACACUGAGGUAAACGGAUAAGUCAUCUGACACAAAUUAAGAUGUUUUUACCUCCAUUUUGUUUCCUUAAUUUUAAGGAUUACUGGAAGAAACGAAUAGCAGUAACAACAAGCUGUGUACGCAGUGUAAAUAUCAAUGUAGGGCUGUAUAGACCAUCACAAUGAGGAUCGAAGAAUUUCCUUUUUCCAUUGGGAGUUCUUUCAUAAUACAGGUUUUAGUAGAUCCUAAUACUUGGUAAAUAUUUUCAAUAUUGUGGAAAAGGAGGUCCCUAGUUGAUAGGUCCCUUGCAGCAUGCUGGUCUUGUUUCUUUUUGCAAACCUUUCGAAUGUGAUCAAACGAACCAGAGAUAGUGUAAAGCGUCUCCUGUGAUCAAAUCAACCAUUUUUUAAAUAUGUCCUUACUGACUUAGUACUCAACAUUAAAUACCUCUUAUGUUAAGAUGUCAUACUGGAUUUUUGUAGAAUUAAAGUCUUGACGUACAUGUCCGAUUUGAGAUGUUUUCUUCAGCAUUUCACCAUGGAUCGAGGAUGGCUUCCAGUUUUUGACUUGAACCUGCACAAAUGUCAUCAAUUGCAUGACGUGCACACAAAGGAGAUCUUCAAGAAGAAUCUGAAGAUGAUGCCAUGACAAGAAAAGUGACAAGAAACUUGAAGCUCCUAACUCUUCAUAUUCUCGUUUCAGUGACUUGAAAAGAGGAUCUGACUUCCUUAGUAUCCUCAACUAGAGUAGCGUCUUCCUCUACUGUUUGCGUGAAGUUUUCGCAUACAACUUGAACCUGGAUAAAUGCUCAGUUGUGAGAUUUGCUUUUUCUAGCAAUGGUGGCAUGCAUCUGAAUGUGGAUUAUCUACCAUUUCCAGAAAGGAAGACUGAUCCUGCUCUUACAAUUUACUCCCUGUUCGCGCAUUCCCACUCUCGACCCUGAAGUUUUACAAUAUCUCUGUCAGUAAUGAGCAUGAUGGGGGGGGAGUACAAGGUCUUUACUGUUACUUAUUGGAUCAAUACCUCAUCGAUGGGACCAUAUAUUUCAGGACUUCUGCAAUAUCAGGAGUUUAGGUCCUGCAAAAAAAACAAACAAACAAAAAAUAAAGUUUACAAAUGGAACGAGACCGGCCAGUUGGCCUGCUUAUUAUUUGAUUGUGCAUUUAAAAAUGUGGCUUAUUUUAUUAUACGCUACCUAAUAUCCCCCUGCAGGAAGGUACCAAGAACUUGCAACCCAAAGAUUACAAUGAAGGGAAAUCUUUUUAUGACCGUACAUUCUCUUAUUGAAUUUUAUUGCUUUUUUUUUAAACAAGGUGGGCCAUUACGGUUUACAUUAUGAACCUUAAGCUUAUUUUCAGAUGUAUUGAAGACCCUUAACUUCAUUAGUAGAGUAUAAUGAAGUACUUUAUCGGUUUAGUGCUCAAUAAGCUGAUCUUAUAGUCGGCGGUGAGGAUUGAGAGGUUAAUUUGUUGUUUAGCACCCUGCCUUUAAGAACUUACCAGAUCUCCUUCCUCCUUGUGCUUAGUGCGUUCACCAGAACAGUCAACUCUAGAUAUUGUACUAGUCCUCUUUAAUUAUGUCACGGCUGGUCAGAUCUGACUUCUGUGUAGUUACUAAUUUUAGAAUAACUCUGUAUGUUUCAUCGAUUCAGACUGCUGCGAGGAAUCCCGGAAAAGGGUAGUCCACCCAAAAAUGAAAUUUCUCUCAUUAUUUGCUCACUCUCAAGUUGUUCCAAACCUGUUGAACUGAGAAGAUAUUUUGAUAUGUUGGUUACCAGACAGUUGCUCGGAGGGUGAAUAAAUGACACAAUUUUCAUUUUUGGGUGAACGGACUCUUCAAGCUAAUUACAGCUCAGAAAUCCAAAAGACUGAACAGGAACUGGUGAUAUUAGAAAGAGUGACACUAUCAUGGUAUAUUUCCAUUCGUUCUGGAUUACAGUAAGCAUUUUAAAUAAAUAUUGAAGGACUUGAAUUUUGCAUUUAACUUGAUGCAAUGAAACGGCCCCAUGUACAACAAUCUUUGACUAUGAAUUAAAUAAUCUUAGCAUGUAAAAUCGCUUUGGGCUGCAGAUAUUUAUUCAGUUAGUACUGGCGAUUGUGUGAUGCAGUUUUUGUAAAAGCGACAUUGAAACUUGUGCGGUAUGUUUGUUUGCGUGUGCGCGUCUGCAGUCACUGACUUUCCUUGAAGUGCGUCAUGAUGAUAACUCAAUUGGCUGACAUUAAUACACUGCACCUGUAAUUUUAUCAUUUUAUUGUAACUUUUUUUUUUUUUAUGAAGCAAAAUGAACGGCAUCUUUCUGCCAAACAGUCUUGACACAUGAACUUUGUGAUGCAGUCCAACAUUCGCCCGGGGAACUGCAUUAUUCUAAUGAACUACUUGAAGUUUGCCGUUUUGUUUCAUGUUAUGCAUGAUGACUCCUUUUAGCAGUUUUGUUACUUUUUAAGAAUCUGCAUUGUCAUGUAUCGAAAAGUACACUUGUUGUAACAGACCAAUUAGAUCAACUCUUUCCAUGGAUCAUGUUUAGUUUUCUGUUUUAUGGUGGCAUAGUAGCUCUGAAUUGUUUUUAGAGUUCAGCAUUUGACCAAUAUAUGCCAAGUAUUAUUUUUGUACCAUUUCCCUUUACUCUUAUUUUUUACUCCAGUAUAUAUUUUGCACUGUUUUUCUGCUACUCCACACAUCCAUACCUCAGUUUUGUUGGUGUUCUGAAAGCAUUGCUUAGUUCAUUACCUCAGAACUCAUUCACAUAGCUUUAGCAUAUUUAUGGCAAAAGUAGACAAAUACAAGAGCUUUGUAAAAUUUGGGUUUACAUUCAGUCAUAUUUUUGUUGUUGUUGAAAUCAUCUUUAAAGUGGGAAAAAAAGUGAUUAAUGAAUGGAAACUUUCUAUUUAAUAUUGUUAAUUUACAGAAAAAGCACAUUGUGAAUUAUGAACCACAUAAAAAUCAAUACUAAAUCUUAAUUUCCUUUUAAAAGUUGCAUAAAAUUGGGUCAACUUUUCAAAGUUGUUAUUAUAGGGAAGUUGUGUAUGUUUGUUUUUUGAUCUUUUAGGAGUGCCUGUUGAUGUAACCAGCAUUUAAUUUCUACUUC